GAUAAUAAUAAACAGGAAGUUACAGGUAUAAUACAGGUGUGUGUAUUAUUGUUUAUUCAAGCAUUACAGUUUAAUUAUUUUACGUACUGUAGACAUUACAAAGAAACUAACGAGGCGUUGCACGGAAAUAUUCUUGUGGAGGGAAAUUUUAAAAUAAAAAACGACAGCCAGCUAAUCAUGUUAGACCACAGGCCACUUUGAUGCUGUUGAGGAAAAUCGUGUUUGUGAGCAAUAUAGCAUGGAAGGCGAUGUUGAUAUAAAAAUGGCUAAACCUCAUGUUGAUAUAAAAAUGGCUACACCUAACAUGGAAAUGUUUAACGCGAGGACUAACACUAGCAAUGGUCAGGUACAAUUGACUCGUGUCGAGGAUUUCGGAGGUGAAAGUGGAUCUGAUUCAGGAAUUAAAGUGAGCUACAUGGGUGCUACAAGUAAUCAUAAUAGAAAAUCAGAAACCCAUAGAAAACAAUCAGGUAGGGAUUAUUUCAACCUUAAAUCUACCGGAAAAGUUUCACCAUUGCCGGUACAGUCUCCAACAUCUGCUACGAGAAAAUCAGCUUGGGAACGUGCUCAAGAUGCUUUUGAGGCGGAAGAUCGAUGUAAAAAAUCGCGCCGGAAAGAGGUAAAAAUCGAAGACAUCGAUGUCCUGCGAAAUGAAACAUGGUUUAAUCAAAGAUCAUAUAAACAGGUGUUUAAGACGAAACAGUUCAAAAAUCCAAAAUUAGAGAGCCUUUAUCAAAGAUAUUUUUUCAAGUUAAACCAGUACAAUCUCUCAAUUCUGAUGGCAGUUUUUUGUGUGAUUUCUAUUCUCAUGGUAAUUUUUUACUACGUCAGUGGAGGGGUGCUACCUAUGCGCGGCGUUUGCCUCGGACUCAUAAUUGUGAUAUUUGUCUUUCUAGAAAUUCUUUGUAAUAGAAGUUCAUUUGAUCAAAAACAAGCUCAGCUGGUCUGUUAUGCUAUUAUUGUUAUACUGUGUGGAUUUAUUUGUAUCAUUACCGUGGAUACGGAUCCGCGUUCUGCGUCCGACAGCGUAUGGUGUGCAAUUCUGUUUGUGUAUAUGACGUACACGCUAUUACCAGUUCGUAUGCGUAUAGCUGUUUUUAGUGCCAAUUGUAUAACUCUUCUACAUCUCAUUAUAACUGUUAUAAGGAAUUAUGAUGACAAUUCUGUAUGGAAACAGUUCGUUAGUAACAUCCUAUUUAUAUGUGCCAACAUAGCAGGAAUAUUUACACAUUACCCAACUGAGGUUGCUCAGAGGAAGGCAUUUCUUGAGACAAGACGCUGUAUUGAGGCACGUUUAACAACUCAAAGAGAAAAUCAGGAACAGGAGAGAUUAUUGUUGUCUGUGUUACCGAGGCAUAUCGCCAUGGAGAUGAAAGCAGACAUAGCAGGCAAACCUAAAGACACCAUGUUUCACAAGAUCUAUAUACAGAGACAUGAGAAUGUUAGUAUUGCAUUUGCUGAUAUGUGUGGGUUUACCCAGUUAUCUUCACAGUGCACGGCUCAAGAAUUGGUACAGCUGCUCAAUGAAAUAUUUGCCAGAUUUGACUGCCUGGCUGCAGAUAAUCAUUGUCUGAGAAUCAAGAUUUUAGGAGAUUGUUAUUACUGUGUGUGUGGAGUGCCGGAGGCAAGAGCAGACCAUGCUCAGUGCUGUAUAGACAUGGGGCUAGACAUGAUCGAGGCAAUCUCGUUGAUACGAAAUGUGACAGGCACAGAGGUAAAUAUGCGAAUCGGUAUACACUCUGGUAGGGUGCAUUGUGGCGUACUUGGACUGCGGAAAUGGCAGUUUGACGUCUGGUCAAAUGACGUUACCUUAGCCAAUAACAUGGAAGCAGGAGGUAUACCAGGGAGGGUUCAUAUAACAGAAGAGACGUUGAAAUGUCUCAACGGAGAUUUUGAAGUGGAGGAAGGUAAUGGUGGAGAUAGGAACCAGUAUUUACGUGACAACAACAUCAAGACUUAUCUCAUUAAAAAUGGGCAACACAGAGAGAAGGAAAAGGUACCUAAAAAUAGUCGUACAGGUCUUCAUAAUCAGUUAACCAACAGUAACCUAAGUAAAGGCAUGAAGACGAUGGGAUUUGGUGAAGAUGCUAACGCCAAUAUACACAACAAAUUGGAUGUGUUUCAGUUUUGCCGUGUACGAGACACAAUGUUCACUGCACACUUGGGAUGCACUUUAGCCAUGCUUGUCACUAUAUGUGUACUGCAACUUAUUAUCAUUCAAAGGACGGUAGUAAUGGCAGUUGUGUACCCUUUAGGGGUUGUGAUUACGGGUAGUCUGUUCAUGCUGAUGCUAUCAGAGGUAUUUCAAUGUACACCGAAGGGUCUCCGGACUAUUGCAACAAAAAUUGCUGUCACCAGAUGGUUACGACAGGUUAUCCUUUUGGUGGCAGUUAUUGUGAUUUACAUCAUAGCUUUCUCACCAAUGGUAUUGUUAGAUCGGACAAAUAUACAGUCGUGUUUAGCGGAAUAUUACGGGGUAUCUGAGAGCAGUAUCAAUAACUCACUGAUAGAGAAGGCCAAUAUCUCAAUGGGGGUAGAAAUCUCACUGUGUAACUUACAAGUGCCUACAACUCAUUACCCAGAGUACAUUACAUUCUGUGUGUGCCUGGCUAUGACAAGCAGUUCAGUUUAUGUUCACAGUUCCAGCAUCAUCAAGCUACUUCUACUGUUAUGUCUGUCAUCUGUGUACAUAGCCAUGGUUGAAUUAGAAUACUUUAACAUGUUCGAUAACAGGGAUUUACUGUUACGUGCAAACGUCGGGAAAGAGAUGGGUGAGCCAACAACUAAUAUUCCACAGAAAUGGGAGACAAUAGUAAUACUUAUUGUGUUCACUUUUAUACUGUUCAUCCAUGCUCAACAAGUGGAGUCUACAGCUAGGCUAGACUUCCUGUGGAAAGUUCAGGCAACAGAGGAGAAAGAGGAGAUGGAGAGUUUGAGAGCUUACAAUCUGAAACUAGUUGCCAAUAUAUUGCCACUACAUGUUGCUCAACAUUUCCUCAAACGAGGAAAUAAAGAGGAG